UUACUUUCAAUUUAGGGGGACUUUUGAAAACCCGGUCAGUCUCAAAGCGUCCGGUUAAUCUGGAACCAUAUGGUAACCCUGAGUGUGAAGGGAAAGUACUGGAAGACAUUUUGUUUAGAAUGCUUCUUUUGGCUGCGCACAAGGGCUUGACGUCACAACAGCGCUCCCUAAUAUCAUGUGGGAGUUACGAAAGUUCGCUUUGAAUUGAAUUGGUGGUUAGUGCAACAAGGACAGAAAGACAGUUUUUAUAAACGGUCCCUUGCUUACAUUCCAGCAGAGCAACAUGUUUGGUACCGUGAUUGUUGGGAUUGGAAUCGCAGGAAGAGUGAGGAUCCGGGACCUCCUCAAUCCACUGCCAUCCAGUGCCUCUGAGAAGAUGAGCAUCAAGGGUUUUGUAUCCAGGAGGACACUGGACAACGAGCAGGGUGUGAAACAGAUCACCCUGGAAGAGGCCCUUAACAGGGAGGAUAUUCAAGCAGCUAUCAUCUGUACAGAAAACGUAACCCAUGAGGAAUACAUCAGAAAAUUCCUUGAUGCUGGAAAACAUGUCUGUGUAGAAUAUCCAAUGAGCUUGUCAGUCGCAGUUGCUCGAGAACUCUGGGAUCUUGCUGAUAAGAAGGGAAAGAUCCUGCAUGAAGAGCACAUUGAGAUCCUGACAGCCGAUUACAAGCAGCUGAAGAAGGAAGUGAGUGGGAAGGAGAUUCUCGAGGGGACUUUACACUUUACAGGGGGCCCCUUUCAGCCAGGGUUUGGUUUUGCCUCGUUCGGUGGGAUAGCACGUCUGACCUGGCUGGUAGACCUGUUUGGAGAGUUGACUCUCACAGCAGCUGAAAUGGAGGAACAGGAAGAGAGCAAAUAUAUGAAAUUAACAGCACGGUUUCUAACCAAGGAAAAGAGGCCGCUGACCUGGAUUGAAGAAAGAGCCCCGGGAUUAGGCCGUGUGAAAAACAUUAACUUCCGAUUUGAUUCUGGCACCCUUGACCACAUUCCCAGUGCUCCAAAGGAACCGGUGGGUAUCUUCAUGCAGGACCUCAACUGGUUUGGUGAGAAACUUCUGGGACAGGUCCUCUCAGAACAGCUUCAGGCGGAACGAAGGCGUAUCCUCCACUGUCUGGAAUUGGCUGACAAGAUCAAGGAGCUGUGCCAGAAGCCUGCCCAGAACAACCUCUAGAGAGCAGAAAGUCUGUUUCAACAAGAGGCACACAAGCUACCUGUGUUGCCAAUACCUAGUGCAGACACACUUGCUCUUGUCUUGACUGCACUAAGAUGUAAUUGCAAAAUGCCUGGUUCUCCAUAUAUGCCAUUAAUCACAGAUAAAGCAUUAUUUACUUGCCUUUUAAUUUUCUUUUUUGGCGGUGUGUGAGUUUUUUUUGCAGAAGACACAUGUGAGUCAGUGUGUCACAUUGCAGAUCAAAAGGAUGUGCAGAAGAUCUGGAUUCGACUUUGCUUAUAAAAUAAAUAUUAGCAUAUACACAGACUUGCUGUAAGUUGGUGUGAUUUUAACAACUCUCAAAACAACAGCGCCCCACCUUCUUAUGGCCCAGCAUAAACAUAAACCUCACAUGCUUGAUGUGUAAAAAAGACUGCAGCUUCAUAGCCUGUUUAAGGGUGCAUGCUCUCUGGGGUUGAGAAGUAAUAUGUGAUUAAACUUGUGACCACAAAUGAAGACUAGGUUUUAUAUACUAUACAUUUUCAGCAUGUUCCGGUGGGGAAAAUAUUCCAAUUGAAAUCUAAAGAUGAUGCCAGAUCAUACCAAUGAAGAUGUUUGAUCUAGGCUACUAUCUCACAAUCACAUUUUGCUGUAGGUCAUUUGUUUUUUUAUUGUUUUUUAAUACAUGGGUUAUCCAUAUUUGUUCAUGUAAAAUGUUGAUUUAUUUUUUUCCCCCUGGCAAGUCUGUGGGAUCUUCUAUUUUGUAAUAUAUAAUAUAUAUUGCUAAGAAGUAUUGGGACAAAGGGUACAGUAUGAUAUUAAUAGUAUACAUGUCAUUUCACAAUGACAGAGGAGUGAUGCACUAUAUUGUUAGUUGAAAUAGAUCCAAAAAGGACAAGAAGUAAAUUGUACAAAUUAUAGAAUAAUGUACCCUUUUUAAUUGGUCUUCUUGGCAGAGAUCAGUACUGUAGUAUAUUUAUCUUCUGCUAUAUAUAAUGUUGUGCAUUGUGUCUCAGGAACUGCAUACAGCUCAUUGCUCUGAUCUUAGGUAAACUGUUUUUUUUUUUUUUUUUGAUAGCAUAAAAGGGAACAUGUGUUUCAAUGAUAAGCAACCAACCUAAUUAAAUAUUGGGCUGUCAGACUGGGUCAAGGGACAGUAAUUUAGCUUUACAUUGGCACUCGCUUAAAAUAGAUCAAGUGCACUACUCCGGUGUUCUUGCUAAAAUUGCUGAACAUAACUUGCCACCUUGAAUAUUGCAGUCAUCUAUUAUGCUUUAUACUGGGAAGCCUUCUAAACAGUGUCUUCAUAUCUCUUACUGCAUUACUCUGACCAAGCUGAAAUUAAAAGGCUGGCAUUCGAGUAAACACAUGAUGGACCUGUUGCAGAGAGUACUUGCUUAAGGGAGUCGAAAACUUGGUUGUGUUCAAUAAAUGCCAAUUGCAUUAACCUUUUCCAGAGGAGGAACUAUGCUAUCCUUUUUCUAAGUUACAUUCUAGUCUGUCUUUGAAAAGCUUCUAAAAAGCAUACCUUCAGCAACCUGUUAUUAAAAGCAACUAUUAACAAACA